GAAUGUAUUUUUUAAGCCCCAAAAUGUGCCCCCAUUCCCUCCAAUUUCCCCUUCCCCGAGGGACAUCGACAAUUUAACAAGGUUCAUUCUCACUUACGUUCCACCACUCACGCACACAAUCAAAUCAUUCCCGACACGUUGAACUGUGACGUGUUCCGUGGCGUGCUCAAGUGUAUUUUAGUCAACCACUCCAGUUCAGUUCAGUGUGCACGAGUUCGUCAGCUCGUGCAGUCGGAGUUACCACCGCAGUGCCAUUAACAUCAAUCAAUGCACAACACUGCAGUUUCGACGUCUUCUGUUAUCAUUUGACAAGACAACGAGGGGAGAAUUAGAACACCAGGGGAAUUGAAUGGUUCACACAUUUGUCCCAUAAAAUGUUCAUCGAUGAUGUUAUCUAUGUCAUCGUGUUGCUGUUGUGCAUCGGAUUCGGCCAAGUGUUCAGGGGACUCAAGGAUGCCAAUACCAAACAGUGGGUGUCCACCGGCUUCGGGUUACUCGUGGGCUCCGUUGUUUCCGGUGUGCACAUUUUACACCCUAUUAUAAGUACUGUUAUUGCUGCGGUUUUGAUAACAAAUUUGUCACAUAGAACGAGACACAUAGCUGCCUUUUUCUUCUCCUUCUUCUACCUCCUCUUCGUAUUUCGCCUGUGCGAUUGGUAUGGCGCGGAAAUACCCUCGACCCACACGAAUCUCCUCCAGAUGAUCAUCACCCUGAGGCUCGCCGGCCUCGGAUUCGAGAUGAAUUCGGCGGUUGAGAGUCUCAAGGAAGACCCCAACAACAGGACUUACAAGGCUAUGAAAAACAUCGGGUUCCUCGAUGUGUGCCAUUUUUCAAUGGGAUACGUGGGACUUUUAACAGGUCCUUACUACACCUACAGAACGUACUGGGACUCCAUACACCACAAUUUCGGUGACUACAUCGACUGCAAAGGUCAAACCCUCCAGAAACUGAAGAAAAUAGCUGUUGCUGUCGUUUUCCACCUGUUCUUCAACUACUACUAUCCCAUAAGUUACGUUUACACCGAGGAGUUCCAGGGGAGAUCGCUGUUGUACCGAUACUUCUAUGUCUACCCCUCGUUUUUCAAUUUCAAGACGAGGAUAUACGCCGGGAUGAUGCUGUCCGAGUGCGUCUGCCACAUGGCUGGGCUUGGAGCUUAUCCCACGAGCAGUGAGCCUCGAUCGGGACUGGGACCGACGGACUACAAGAAAAUUUUAGAACUAGCCGACAAUCCCGAAAAACUGAAAUCCGAGAAGAUGGACUUUGAGACUGUCCACAAUAUCGACAUUCCCGAGGUGGAGAGGUGCUUCUUGGUGAGGAAAGCCAUGAAAUCCUGGAACAUCACUGUGCAGUACUGGAUGGCAGCUUACGUCUACAAGCAAUUCCCCAGCAAAUCCCUGAGGACAGCCGCCACCUUCAUGAUCUCAGCUGUGUGGCACGGCUGGGCAUUUGGAUACUACGUUUCACUAUUAUCGCUUAUAUUUUUCCUACCGGUGGAGGAUCUCUACGUGAAGUUCUAUAACCAGAGUCAGGACAAUAGUUUGAGGAAAAACGGACUCUGGGUUCUCCUCUACUUCCUCAGAUUCUCCUGCAUGUCCUACUUGGGAAUUGGUUUCCAACUGCUGGAGUACGACAAUACAGUCUACUACUUCACCAACAUUUACGCCGCUGGCCACGUUUUAGUGGGGAUACUAUACAUAAUCGGUCGUCAGAUGAAGCCGCUGACAAUUGUUGAAACUGAUAAGAGGCUGUGAAUUACAAAACCCCUCGUUGUUGAUGUUACGAAAGUACCUCUUUGCAUUAUAACGCCCGUGAUCUUCCACUAUCUUGUUACCAAUUUCAAAGACGAAACGAAGGAUGUGAUAAUGCACAAUUAUACAUAUUUAUGCACAACAGCUGAAUUGAGAGGAGCAGGAAUUUUAUAUACAGAUAAUUAAGGAGUUGAAUGGAUUUGAAUUCUAAAUAAAAAUUAUUAGAGAUUUUA